UUAACAUCCUAAACAACAGAAAUUAGUCUAAUUUCUCUUCUUUCCCUUCACUUUUCUCCAACCAAACAAAGCCAAAAGGAAUAAAGGAAAAACAAAGAAGAUAAUUUUAUGAAUAAAUUUAUAAUAGACAUAAGCCAACUUCAUUAACUCUCUACUAGUCCAUCUUUUUCUUGUUACUGUUCCGACCUAUCACUUCCACUCUGCUCAGCUCAUAAACUUUGUGAUUUCAGUCAGUCAAUGAAACUUCUUUCAAGAUUCAACCAUAAAUGGAGUAACUAUUCCAUACUUGUGAUGGUUUUCUUGAUUUUGGUCUUGUACAAUGAGAAGUUCUUUAAGCCAGUAGCAGUGUCAUUUUUCUUAUCAGGAAUUAAACUUCAGGAAAUCCAUGAGAAGGAUUAUGAUAAUUAUUAUCAUCAGAAUGUCAUUUUGCCACCAAAAGAUUGUGACUUUUACACAGGAGAAUGGGUUUUUGAUAAUGUUACUCACCCUUUAUACAAAGAAGAAGAAUGUGAGUUUCUCUCAAGGCAAGUCACUUGUUUGAGAAAUGGAAGGCAAGAUUCCUUUUAUCAGAACUGGAGAUGGAAACCUAAAGAUUGUUCUUUACCCAAGUUUAAUGCAAGAUUAUUGCUUGAGAAACUCAAAGGAAAGAGGCUUAUGUUUGUUGGAGAUUCAUUGAAUAGAAAUCAGUGGGAAUCUAUGGUUUGCUUGGUUCAAUCUGCAAUUCCUCCAGGUAAGAAGAGCUUGACUGAGUCAGGGUCUUCUUCUAUAUUCAGAAUUGAGGAUUACAACAGUACAAUAGAGUUUUACUGGGCACCCUUUAUAGUUGAAUCGAAUUCAGACAAUCCAUGGAAGCAUAGCAUUUUAGACCGUGUAAUUAUGCCUGAAUCGAUUAAGAAACACGGAGACAAGUGGAAAGAUGUGGACUUUCUGAUCUUUAACACAUACAUUUGGUGGAUGAACUCUCCUAACAUGAAAGUCUUAAGGCGAGGUACAUUCGACGCUGGUGCUGUAGAAUAUGAUGAGAUUGAAAGAACAUUAGCUUAUGGAAGAGUUCUUAGGACAUGGGCUAAGUGGGUUGAAGAAAAUGUAGAUACUAAGGUUACUUCUGUCUUCUUCACGAGCAUGUCCCCUCUUCAUAUCAGGAGCUCGGAUUGGAACAAUCCUGAAGGGAUAAAGUGUGCCAAGGAGACUACACCAGUGGUCACCAUGACUAAUAACCGAUUGGAUGUAGGCACAGAUCGCCGCCUAUUUGUGAUUGCGGCGAAUGUGACUCAGUCCAUGAAAGUGCCUGUUUAUCUGAUCAAUAUUACCACACUCUCAGAGUACAGAAAAGAUGCACAUACGUCAAUAUACACUACCCGCCAAGGACAGCUGCUCACUGCGGAACAACAAGGCAACCCAGCAAUGUAUGCAGAUUGCAUACAUUGGUGUCUACCUGGGUUACCUGAUACUUGGAAUGAGUUACUCUACACACACAUUAUUUCUCGAUCUUGACCCUUGUGGAUUUUGCUUCUCAAAAUGUGUUUCUUUUAUAUAAUUGAUAGGUUUCAGAGUUUUAUUUGUUUUGUUCCCAAAGAGAAAGCAAGAAAUUUGUUUAGCUUCUUGAUAUAGACAAAGGCACCUCAUUAUUAGAUAUGGGCUAUGCUUUUGGAUUAGCACACAAAUCGUGCAGUUGGUCCUCUGUACUUUUUUUAAAAUUUUAAUUUUUUUUCCUUUUGCAAGGGCUAAGUCGAGUAUGUAAUUGGCCUUUUAACUGCUUAGCUUGCUGUCUGUAAUUUUGGUUUAAUGGGAAUCAUUCGCAAAGACUUAGAUUUC